GGUAGCUCGAAAGCACCGGUUUUAGGGGGACGUGACUCACCGGAACCUGUCGCGAAAUGGCUUCAGUCCGCUUCUGUUGGGAAGAAACCCAAACAAGGAGAAUUAAACGACAAAGGAACAGCAUCAGCUACUUGUAACGGCAAUAGAGAUGCCGGAGGCGACAAGGGAAAAGCAUCAGCACCUACGACUGAUAAAGGCAAGGAGAGUGGCGGUGAGAAGGAAAAGGCCUCUACAAUUGAUAAAGGCAAGGAGGGCUGCGGCGACAAGGAAAACGCAUCAGAAUCUACUGCAAAUAAAGGCAAGGAGGAACGCGGAGACA